AUGGACAAUCUUUUGGAGAAGGAUCCAUUCUUCACCACUCUCUUACAAAGUGGAGGAGAAGGUUCUAUUACCACUCCAACAUUCACACCUCAUUCUAAUACUUUGGUCAGCCCAACUCCCCUUCACAGUGAAAAGAAGCCUCCAACAAAAAAAGUUCAAAGAGGAGCUUCUUUCACUGUUGAGGAGGAUAAUGGAACUGAUCAGAAAUCCACUCAAAUGUGGGAGCGGAUUUCUGAUUUUUACCACGAAUAUAAGAAACCACAUAAUGUGAACCGUUCGGUUGGGUCAUUGAUCAAUCGUUGGUCCAUGAUUCAAAAAUGCACAAAUAAGUUUUGUGCAUAUCUAGCACAAGUUGAGUCAUUGCACCUGAGUGGUGCGACCGAGCAAGAUAAGAUUGAAAGAGCAAAGAUAUUGUACAAAGAGAUGGAACGAGGGAACUUCACAUUAGAGCAUUCUUGGAAUCUUUUGAGGCACCAACCCAAAUGGCAUCAACACAUGAGUACGCUGAAUGCGAGGAGAAAGCCUGUCGAUAGACAGCCUUCCAAUGAGCAGUCAAGUGAAGUUUUGGGCAAUGUUGUGGAGGAAAAUGUUGAUAGGCCUGCUGGAAAAAAGACUGAAAAGGAAAGCUUGAAGAAGCGAAAUGCACAAGAACAAUCUGAUGCUGAGUUCAACACGGCAUUAGGAGCAAUGACCGAGGAUAGACGAUUGUUCAUGGCGGAGAGAAGAGAAUGGCAGGCGAAGGCUGAUCGUAAUAGAGGUGCACAACUGGAUCUUGAUAAAAGAAAGUUUGAUGCUGAGAUGAUGGGUAAGGAUCUUUCUGGUAUGAAUGUCAUGCAGCAAGCCUACUUCCGUAAAGUUCAGAAAAAAAUUUGGGAAGAGUCAAUGAGUGAUGAAGAUGGUAUAUCCGAAUGA